AUGGUCUCCCUCCACACCCUCCUCACCUCCGCCCUCGCUCUCACAGGCACCACCGCCGCAGCGUCCACUAACUCCACCAACACGCUGAACAUCACCGUCAUCGGCGCCCACAACAACCAAUCCACCCUGGAAUGCUGGGCCCUGACCCCUGGCUUCGCGCAUUCCACGCAACCCGGCACGGAACAGAACAUGCUGCAGGCCAUGGGCCCCGCCGCGGGUGGCAGUAAUGUCUCGUAUAUGGUCAUCCAGCCGCGGACUGAUAAUGGGCUGCAUAAUGCGCCCACUGCGCAAUGGGUGAUUUUCCUCUCAGGGCUCGCGCACAUCGCCCUGCCGCAUUCCCCCGAGGAGGCGUAUAUCCGGGGCGGGAAAUACGGCGCUAUCCUGGCGCUGGACACGCCGGAUAGGAGCGACGGGCAUUUGACGGAUUAUCCGUCUGACGAGGAGACGGUGGCGGUGGAAGUGCCGUUGGCGGCGGUCCCGGGGCAUCGCGUACUGCAUGGGGGUGGGUGUAAGGAGGAGCAGAAGUGGUGA